ACGAAGAUGCUGUGGCGUUUAAGUACUGUCUUUUCGCAUGUGCAUUGUCUUUCUUUCUUUCUACUUUGGAUAACACUUGGUACGACAGUCGUCGAAGUGGUCGGGUCACAACAAGGGAUACCUUUAUCUGUUGUAAAGUUGUGGGCCUCUGCCUUUGGGGGUGAAAUCAAAUCCAUCUCAGCCAAGUAUUCUGGCUCCCAGCUGCUGCAGAAGAAAUAUAAAGAAUUUGAAAAAACGGUCCGGGUUGAAGACAUUGAUGGCCUGAAACUUGUCAAGAGGUUGGCUGAAAACAUGGAGGAGAUGUUCCACAAAAAGGCAGAGGCCAUGAGGCGCCUGGUGGAGGCGGCAGAAGAGGCCCAUCUACAGCACGAGGAGGACCCUGACCUCCAGUAUGAAUACUUCAAUGCCGUGUUAAUAAAUGAAGUUGAUGAAGAAGGCAAUAAUGUGGAGCUGGGAAAGGAGUUCAUUUUGGAGCCAAAUGACCAUUUCAACAAUUUGUCUGUCAACCUCAGUCUCAGUGUUGUCCAAGUCCCAACGAACAUGUACAACAAAGAUUCUGCCAUAGUGAAUGGGGUGUACUGGUCAGAGGCCCUGAAUAAGGUGUUUGUGGAUAAUUUUGAGCGGGACCCUUCACUCAUAUGGCAGUACUUUGGGAGUGCUAAGGGCUUCUUCAGACAGUACCCAGGUAUUAAAUGGCGUCCAGAUGAGCAUGGAGUCAUUGCGUUUGAUUGCAGGAAUCGAAAGUGGUACAUCCAGGCGGCCACGUCUCCGAAGGACGUGGUGAUCCUGGUGGAUGUCAGUGGGAGCAUGAAGGGCCUACGUCUGACCAUCGCACGGCAGACUGUCUCCUCUAUCCUCGAUACGCUCGGAGACGAUGACUUCUUCAACAUAAUUGCAUACAAUGAAGAACUGCACUAUGUGGAGCCAUGUCUGAACGGGACGCUUGUUCAGGCCGACAUCACCAACAAGGACCAUUUCCGAGAACACCUGGACAAGCUGUUUGCCAAAGGAAUUGGAAUGCUGGACAUUGCAUUAACAGAGGCCUUUACUCUUCUCAAUGAUUUCAAUCAAACCGGACGGGGAAGUGUUUGCAGUCAGGCCAUCAUGCUAGUCACAGAUGGUGCCGUGGACACAUAUGACGCCGUGUUCGCCAAGUACAACUGGCCUGACAGAAAGGUCCGCAUCUUCCCCUACUUAAUUGGUCGAGAGUCUGCCUUUGCUGAUAAUCUUAAAUGGAUGGCUUGUGCGAAUAAAGGGUACUUCACUCAGAUCUCCACACUGGCGGAUGUCCAGGAGAAUGUGAUGGAGUACCUUCAUGUCCUAAGCAGACCUAAGGUGAUCGACCAGGAGCACGACACGGUCUGGACAGAGGCCUAUAUCGACAGCACUCUUGAGGACAACCAGGGUCCUGUUCUGAUGACCACUGUAGCAAUGCCCGUGUUUAGCACAAAGAACGAAACCAGGAAUAGAGGAAUUCUUCUUGGAGUGGUGGGCACAGAUGUUCCGGUACAAGAGCUGUUGAAGACAAUUCCAAAGUAUAAGCUAGGAAUUCAUGGGUAUGCCUUCGCAAUCACAAACAAUGGAUAUAUACUGACCCAUCCGGACCUGAGGCCUAUGUAUGAAGAAGGGAAGAAGAGAAGGAAGCCAAACUACAGCAGUGUGGACCUGUCUGAAGUGGAGUGGGAGGACAAGGAUGAUGUCCUGCGGAAUGCUAUGGUGAACAGGAAGACAGGGAUAUUCUCUAUGGAGGUUAAGAAGACUGUAGACAAGGGGAAACGUGUCCUUGUGCUGCAUAAUGACUACUACUACACUGACAUCAAGGGAACACCUUUUAGUCUGGGCGUGGCACUGUCUAGAGGACAUGGCAAGUACUUCUUCAGGGGAAAUGUCACUGUUGAGGAAGGGCUCCAUGACCUGGAACACCCAGAUGUGGCUCUGGCAGAUGAGUGGACAUAUUGCAACACAGAUGAGCACCCAGAACAUCGCUACCUGUCUCAGAUCGAGGCCAUCAAACUCUACCUCAGCGGACGAGAGCCACAUCUGAAGUGUGACAAGGAGCUGGUCCAGGAAGUGCUGUUUGAUGCCGUAGUGACAGCUCCGCUUGAGGCCUAUUGGACCAGUCUAGCUCUAAACAAAUCAGAGAAUUCGGACAAGGGGGUGGAGAUUGCCUACCUGGGCACUCGGACAGGACUUUCCAGGAUAAACCUGUUUGUGGUGCCAGAGCAGCUGACCAAUCAAGACUUCCUCACAGCUGAAGACAAAGAAGGAGUGUUCAACGCUGACCACUUCCCCCUGUGGUACAAGAGAGCAGCAGAGCAGGUUCCUGGAACCUUUGUCUACUCCCUCCCAUUCAAUACAGGGUCUGAAAACAAGAGUGUGGUGUUGGCCAGUACUGCCAUCCAGCUCGUGGAUGAAAGGAAGUCCCCCAUUGCAGCAGCUGUCGGGAUCCAGAUGAAGCUGGAGUUCUUCCAGAGAAAGUUCUGGACGGCGAGCCGACAGUGUGCUGCACUGGAUGGAAAGUGCUCCAUAAGCUGUGAUAAUGAGAACAUCAACUGUUACCUCAUAGACAACAACGGCUUCAUCCUGGUGUCUGAGGAUUACUCCCAGACCGGCAUGUUUUUUGGUGAGGCGGAAGGAGCAGUGAUGAACAAGCUGCUUAUCAUGGGCUCCUUUAAAAGGGUCACGCUUUACGACUAUCAAGCCAUCUGUAAAAUCUUCGCUGAAAGCAGUGACAGCGCACACAGCUUGCUUGAUCCAUAUUUCUACUUCUUUGCUGCUGUAAAAUGGAUCAUGACUGAACUUGUCAUAUUUCUGGUGGAGUUCAAUCUGUACAGCUGGUGGUAUUCAGACCUCACAGCUAAAGCACAACGGGGUGGCAGAACCAUGCUGGUGCCAUGUGACACAGAGUACCCUGCCUUCGUCUCUGAGCGCACCAUCAAGGAAACGAUGGGAAACAUCGACUGUGAGGGAUGUGUCAAAUCAUUCGUCAUUCAGCAAAUCCCAAGCAGCAACCUUUUCAUGGUGGUGGUGGACAGCAAAUGUGACUGCCGGGCUGCAGCGCCCAUCACCAUGGAGCCCAUAGAGAUCAUGUAUAUCGAAUCCCUGAAAUGUGAACGCUUAAAACUGCAGAAGGACCGGAGACGCCCUGACUCUUGUCAUCCUUUCCACCCUGAGGAGAAUGCCAUGGAGUGCGGUGGAGCUCUCGGCCUGGCCCCCCAGCUGGCAGCAACCUUGGUCCCGGUGCUGUUCUCCCUGCUCGCCAGGUGACCAGGACCGUCUGGCACCCGGCACUAACAUGGAGGAAACCACAGACUUCAAGCACUGAUGUGGCAGAGCAGAAUUUCACUUUGGUUGAAAACAUUGGCAUUUCAUGGACAUUCAUGAAUUUAAGUGGCCAGUUUGAGUAAUGGAGUAAUACACUCCUGUUUUCAAAAUAAGUGUGUGUGUGUAUGUGUGUGUGCAUACUGUAUAUAUAUCUUUAAAAGUUUUAUUUAUUUAUAGUUUGCAAGUGGUAACCAUAAACUGUGACACUGGGACUUGAGUUUGCAGACAUGACUGGUAGUUAUUUUGAGCUUGGCCUUAUACAGAAACAACCUGGUCCUGUUUGUGUACUUUUUAAAUAAAACAAUCUUUAAAAUAAUGGGGUAACAGGGAAUGGUUUAUGUUGAAGACAAUAGCUCAUUUUAUAACUGCUAAAUCUGGGUUACUAGGAGACCAGGCUGUUCCUUUUAUAUGAAAAAAGAAGAUGAUCAAAGCAAGGAGCAUCAUUUAAACCAAAAGGAUGCAUGAGAGGAAUCACUUUAAACUGAAUACAUUUAUUUUUCAUCUGCAGAUCAUUAACACUUAAAGUAUAGAAAUUGGCAAACUCGCAGAGUUAAUAUGAAACUCCCUAAAAAUAUAGAUUAGAUUUCUGUUUUAAGGGUGGAAGUACAUUUCUUGCAGUUUAUCUCAAGCUCAUUUAAAAAACGUCAUGCUUGUAAAUUGCCAAAUGAAUAUGAAACCUAUUUUUAUCAUCAGAACUUGUCUAAUGCUUACAUAAAUUUACUUUGAAGAGACACUGGAUUGUGUGUGUGUGUGUGUGUGUGUGUGUGCGUGUGCGUGUGUGUGCAUGCAUGUGUGCGUGUGCAUUUUUGUUUAGUAUGGAAUAAACGUGAAUGAGAUCAUGUGCAAUAAAAUCAAUGAUAAUUCAUCAACAUUUCACUAAUAGAAGUGGGAAAAAUAGGGACUUUGCUAUUUGCACUUAAUAUUCCAUCUUAGUACAUUUAAUUACAUUCAUUCAGUUUGUAGAUUAUCCAGAGAGAUUUAUGGAAUAGUGCGUACAACAAUAAGGCUAGAUGAACACCAGGAUAUACUGUAGAACCAGGAUUAGUAAGAUACAAUGAACACAAAAUGGCAUUGUGUGAAAGAAUGUUAUAAUAAACAUAUCUUUCACAAAUGCCAGAGUGAGGCUCCUGCACCUGGAAAGAAGGUGCACUUGCCAUGUUGUCUGGACUGGCUCUAUGCCACAGAGAGAGCUGUGUUGCGGUGCUGCAGUCUAACAUUACACACCAACCCUGAUUGAUUCAGUUGUUUACGAACUGGUGAGCCGUCCUAUUGGAGAGUUUUGGCAUCACUUGAAAAGUAUCAGUUUUUCAUUUGUUUGUGCCUCAGCAGUUGUCAUGCAGGUACUGCAUCUACAUGCCCCAGAAGACAUUUUUUGGUAGAGGCCAAAUUAUUAUUACCCCCCCCCCCCAAUAUUCAAUAAAAUAAAUGCUUCAUUUAUAUCUCUGACAAUGCAUAUUUUGAAAUAUUGUUUGAGCUACAGUAUCCCGAUUGUUACUUUGUGGUCUACUCCCUCUCUCUCAGUGCUCAGAGAGAGAUACCAGUGGCUAUUUUACCCACAUCAGAUUAAUGGUUGAGCAGGCAUAUUUGUUUUCCAUCAGCCGUAAUGGAGGACACAUGUUUGAUUAUGGUUCUUGGUUCAGUGAUAAAUGGACUGUUUUGUGGCUGCCUCUCCCGUUCCCCUGUGGCCUUAUCUGCGACCCCAUCAGGGCUGCAGCCUGCGUUGUAUUCAGACGCAUGCCACCCAUUGGUGCACAGCAAGGAGAUUUUUUUAUUCCUUCAGAGAAACAUCAACCUCCUAUUACCAGGGGCUGUCCAAAAAAAAAGGAAAAGAAACGCAAUGCAGAAAAACAACCAGAGAAAAUAACAAAAAACACAUUAAACAGCGUUAUUAAACAUGCUGGGAAUUACUGGUGAAUUUGCUUUUCAUUUUCUGCCAGUUUUAUAUAUAUUUAUUUGCUUAUUCUGUCACAACCACUUUCUUGUGCUUGCUUUUCAGUGUUGCAUUUUCCCUUUUGCAAGACUAAAUCUGUACUGGAGAUUGUUGUGAAUUCAAGCUGUGGUGUGGGUUGAAUAAACUGAGAGACUAUUGGGAGGUUUCUUAAGGUGCCAUUUUGCUAAAUCCUGCUCAGCAGAGAAGGCUGGCUUUCUGAGGUAGUUUUGACUUUACCCCUGUAAAUACAAGAGCCUGGUGACCAUAAACUAAAUUGAUUUGUGCAACCUGGGCAGACGCCACCCCUCCCAUGGAAGGGGCUGCUAUAAGCUGUGACUGGGGGGCGUGUCCAUUUCUGCGUUGCGUAAUUAGUCACUUUAUAAUGGACAUAUAGUAUAGUGGUCCAAUCAGGUUUGUGCCCACUCCCAAGAGACCAAAUUGAUAAUGGCCCUGCUUGAUACAGGAUCUUAGAUCUUUUUUCAUUUUUUUAACACAUCACUUUAGAUCACUUGAGGCAAUCUGACACCAGACGUGGUAACUUUUCCUUCUUUAUUCUUGUUUUUUUUACUGUCGGAAAGUGUAGGAGUAAACAAGAUGGAAUAGGAAAGAAUUCAGCAUAGGGAAAGACCUCCUCUCUCCUCUUUAUCUCUGACAUUGUCUGUGAUUGACUUGCCUCCUUUGUGGAGCAAACUUGCACUAGGGAGAUUUUGCAUGCAACUGCAACUCCUAUAGCUUCACAGAUGGAUUGAAUCCCAGUGCUAGGGCAUUGUUUUCAGGGUAAAUUAAGCAGAACCAAAAGCAAUUGGAAAGAAUGCACUGGGGAGGUUAGCACAUAAGCUGUGUGCACAGUAAAAGCUAGAAAACAAAGUGCUAAAAUAAAACAGUACUGCUGAUCAUUCCCUUUUUAAUCGAUCUACAGGUUUACAAAAAGGGAUUUAUGAAAUGGCUCUUGGCAUCUUAGUGUUUGGAGACCUCAUGAGAAAUGGCAUUUUCUGUUUCAUUUGGUGGAUAUUUCUGCGUUGGGUAAAUCACAACUACUGAAUUCUGUCGAUGUGGAUAUCUUAGGCCUUUCAGAAUCAAUCUAUUCAGAAGAGAUUUUUGAUGAAAAAGGUUUGUUUGUCUGUUAGAGUUAGUGUAAACUCCAUUGUUGACUGUUUUGGAUCAAUAUUGAUAUGCACUGUUAAAAAGAAAUAAAUCUUAAAUUCUUUUUUGUA